CAUUAAUCUGCAUUGAGCAACGUAAGCUAUUGAGAUAGAAAGAGAAAGAGAGAGAAAAACAGAGAGAAAGUAAGUGUUCUUAGAGAGAUGGAGAACUUUAACUUCCCAGUUAUUAGCUUGGACAAGCUCAAUGGUGAUGAGAGGAAGGCCACCAUGGAGAAGAUCAAGGAUGCUUGUGAAAACUGGGGAUUCUUUGAGCUGGUGAAUCAUGGAAUCCCACAUGAUUUCAUGGACACUGUGGAGAGGUUGACCAAAGAACACUACAGGAAGUGCAUGGAAGAGAGGUUUAAGGAAUUAGUGGCAAGCAAAGGGCUAGACGCUGUUCAAACUGAGGUCAAAGACAUGGAUUGGGAGAGCACCUUCCAUUUGCGACAUCUUCCUGAGUCAAACAUUUCUGAGAUCCCUGAUCUGACUGAUGAGUACAGGAAAGUGAUGAAGGAGUUUGCUUUGAAGUUAGAGAAGCUAGCAGAGGAGCUUCUAGACUUGCUUUGUGAAAAUCUGGGGUUAGAGAAAGGUUACCUCAAGAAGGCCUUCUAUGGUUCAAGAGGUCCAACUUUUGGCACCAAGGUUGCAAACUACCCUCCUUGUCCUAACCCAGAGCUUGUCAAGGGUCUUCGUCCCCACACCGACGCCGGCGGCAUCAUCCUUCUCUUCCAGGAUGACAAGGUCAGCGGCCUUCAGAUGCUCAAAGAUGGCCAGUGGAUCGAUGUGCCUCCAAUGCGCCACUCCAUCGUCGUUAACCUCGGGGACCAGCUCGAGGUGAUCACAAAUGGGAAGUACAAGAGCGUGGAGCACCGUGUGAUCGCUCAAACCGAUGGAACCAGAAUGUCCAUAGCUUCAUUCUUCAAUCCAGGAAGUGACGCUGUGAUCUACCCAGCUCCAGCUUUAGUGGAGAAGGAGAAAAGCGACGAGUACCCCAAAUUUGUGUUCGAAGAUUACAUGAAUCUCUACGCAAGGCUCAAGUUCCAAGCCAAAGAACCAAGAUUUGAGGCCUUCAAAGCAUCAAAUGUGAAUCUGGGUCCAAUCCCAACGGCUUAAGAAGAAACUGAACUACUAAACUGUUGCUUGACCAAAAUAUAUAUAUAUCAUUAUAUAUCACCAUAAGUAGGAAGAUUCUAGUCUGAGAUCACGAAAUCUCAAACUGGAUAUUAUAUAUUAUAUCAGAGUUUUACUCAUAGUUGAAUUGUGGGGUGGAAGUUGUUUCUUGUAUGAUAAACUCAAAAAAAAUAUUACUAUUAAUAUUUAAUUAGCAUAAA